UGAAUCUCUGCAACGCUACGCAUAAGCUCGCUCUCGGAUCGCCCUUUGCAACAGCUCUUCGAACCUCAACCUCCUUCGUCGUUACUGUUACAGGCUUUCAAACUCCAAACACGUUCACGAUGUCUGCCUACGCUUCCACAUCUGCUUCGGGCUUCAGCAGCUCUUCAAUGAGGAGACACCCUGCGAGCUUGAUCCCAAAGCUCGUUCAUGACCCUGCGCUGCUUGAUCUGGUGAAGUGUCCCGUCACACGAGAGAUGGUUGUAUACCUCGCUCAACAGGCGGCUCAUGUCAUUCAGUGUGGACCCCCUCAGCCUCUGGCAACGCCUCCGACAACACCAACGCGCUCUGUCGAGGCCGCCGAGAGGGAUCCUGCCGGCAAGUUGGAGGUCAAUGGUCUGCCAAGCUUGGAGACGUUCAUUGCCAUCCUCGUCGAGAAGAGCAACGUGCAGGUCCCCACUCUCCUCUGCACUCUCGUCUACCUCGAGAGGCUGAAGCAUCGCCUGCCACGCGUUGCCAAGGGAAUGCACUGCACUAGGCACCGCGUCUUCCUCGCUACCCUCAUCGUCGCUGCAAAGUACUUGAACGACUCGUCGCCAAAGAACAAGCACUGGACACGGUACGGCGCUCUGUUCUCGCAAGCCGAGGUGAACCUGAUGGAGAAGCAAUUGCUUUACCUGCUCGACUACGAUCUGCGCAUCGACGAGGAGGAGCUCAGCUUCCACUUCUCGCCCUUCUUCCGUGUGCAGGAAGAUGCGGCACAGGCCGGUAGACGGGAGAUGUACCUGCGAGGAUGUGAAACUGGAAGGGAGAGGGAGAGGUAUGCACGGGCAUCAGAGCGACGCGUCUACCUGAGGAGUCUGCCAGCUUCCGAGGUUCCUUGCUGGAACAACGCACAGGCUAGCUCAUCGGCCUCGUUGUCAACGUCGAUGGCUUCCACACCAGUCAAGCAGCACGCAUCGGUUGCACACCACCCACAAGCACCUCCCUCGCCAAUCUCGCCGCCGCAUGCCCAAGCAGCACGAAGCAACGUGGUCAUGAUGAGGAUGCAGUCGAGUCAAUCGAGUCGCGCUUCCACGACGAGCAACAGCUCGACUCUAUCGUCUUCUGAGGCGGAAUUGACAGAUGACUAUGGCUCAUCUUCCGCGUCUUCGACCGACUAUGACACCGACGACUACGAGGAAGAGAUGGAACAACAGCAACAGCAGCUUCAGCACAAGAUGCCCCACAUGUACCAACAGCCAGGACAGCGUGGCCACUCACUGCCGCCUCAGUUGCCAAUGUCGCUUCCGGCGAUGCUGGACCAGCCAACUUCUCAGAAGCAACAGCAGAGGAGCAGUACACCUAGUGCAGGCAUGCAGAGGUACCUUUCGCAAGCCAUCAACCCGCACUACCGCAAGGAACAGUACCAGGGUCAGCACCAGUACCUACCGCACCACAUUGCAAUGGACGUCGACGCGUCGAUCCGACCGUCGAGGAGCAGCUCGAACCUGAUCACCAGAAUGCUCGGUAGCAGCACAUGAGACGAAAUGCAGAAGCAUCUGUGUCGCUCGACUGGUCUCACUGGCGGUUCCCAAUCUCUUCAAAGCUCUUCUGCUCUCUGUCUCCCUCGGUCACGGUGGCGUGGCU